AUGGCUUCUGAACAUUCAGUGUUAGUUGACGAUUUUAAGUCGAGGUUUUUUGAGAUAUUUGCAAAGUCUGCAGAAUUUGUUGUGAGAUGUCCUGGCCGAGUAAAUCUGAUUGGUAAGACUCCUGCAAGCUCAAUAAUGUCCGAAUAAUUAAAGGGGAACACAUAGAUUACAAUGGCUACGGCGUCCUGCCUAUGGCUAUUGAGCAGAGUAUAUACGUGGUGUUUGCCCGGAAUGAUAGUAAUAUUAUCAGAUUCCGGAAUUCGGCGGAAAAGUUUGUGUAAGCUAUAAAUUAGGAGUAAUUUAGAAUUUUAAAAUAGAUCUUUUGACUGGACAAUAGAUGAAACCUGGCCAGGCGCAAAAAUUCCCAAAUGGUAUGAAUAUUUUCUUUCUGGAUGGAAGGGUGCCAUUGAUUGGUUGUCUUCCAACAAUAAACAGCACUCCGUUUCUGGAAUCGAUCUUUAUAUUCAUGGGGAUAUCCCCCCAGCGGCUGGGCUUAGCAGUUCCUCGGCUAUGGUUUGUGCAGCUGUGUUGAGCACAUGGACUCUGUAUACGAGCAAAAUCUUUGACGGAUAUGAUAAGGUGAGAUUAAUAUUCAAGUUAUUAAUGAACAGAGGGAUGUUGUUGAGGUGGCGACGGAAUCAGAGAGACUGGUGGGACUAGAAGGUGGGGGAAUGGAUCAAGCAGCGGUGGUCUUGGCCGAUGAAGGGACCGCUCUUCACAUCGACUUUGAUCCCCUUGUUAUUCGCAAGGUUGAGCUUCCUUUAGAUGCCCUUUUUUGUGUUUUGCAUUCUGGAGUGGAUUCCAACAAAGCCGCCAGUUCUUAUUAUAAUGAACGUGUGGUUGAAUGUCGGGUGGCUGCACAGGUAUGCGCAACUUUGUCUUCUUCAUUAAUUCUUUAGUUGUUAACAUUGGCUUCGAAGCCUUCGUUUGAAGAUUAUCGCAAAAUCAGAAGGCUUCGUGAUUAUCAAACGGAGACCAAAUUUAGUUUGGAAAAGUGCAGCCAAGAAGCCAAGGUUCAGCUCCAUGAAGGAAAUUACUCAAGAGAAGAGUUGUUGCAGAUUCUGGAUACCACAGAUUCCGAUUUUCGUAAAAACUCGCUGAACUUGGCUACUGUAACUAGUAAGGAAUCGCUUUCGGCCUGACAUUUACACGUUUAGAAACUGAAUUCCAACCGUUAAAACGGGCAGUACAUGUGUUCGAUGAGGCUAAGAGAGUGGAUGACUUCGAGAAUGCCUGUCUGGAGAAGGAUCUCAUCCAAAUGGGGGCACUAAUGAACAAAAGUCACUUCAGUUGUAAAGAUUUAUAUGAAUGCAGUUGUCCAGAAAUGGACGAAUUAACAGAGAAAUGUCGAGAAAGUGGAUGUAAAGGAGCCCGACUUACUGGAGCUGGAUGGGGAGGAUGUGCGGUGGCAUUGGUGGACAAAAGAGACAGGGAUAAGGUAGAGGCGAAGGUCAAUGUUCUCUUUUGGACUAAGCCAAGUGCCGGGAUCCAAGUAUUCAGAGCUUAG